AUGGGAAUGAUGGUGUCACAGGACGAAGAUGGUUAUGGACAUGGUCAUGGUUACGUGGAGCUUUCAUCAACUGUCGAGGUUGCGAUACGACCAAUUGAUGAUGAUGUUUCUGAUGAUGGGUCAGUUAAAUUCGGCGUACCACCAACGGGUAAUAAUAGUAAUGAUUAUAGGGAUGAUGAUAUUUAUUUGAAUUUUGAUGAGGCUGGUAGCAAUUUUGAUUAUGGUUUUCAUGAUGAUGAGGAAGAGAAGGAUUAUGAGGACUAUGAUGAUGAUGAUGGUUGUCCAGAAUCGGACAAUUAUCUUGCUGAUCCGAUGUACCAUCCAGGAUCGGAUGAAUAUGGUGAUGACUCCCGAGAAGUUGAUGAUAAUCAAGAUGGUUCUAGUUCGGCUGCCGCUGCGGAUCUUGUAUUGGGGCAGCUAGGGGUUAAUGGCGUUUGUGGAAGAUCAACGUUUAUGCCAUUAUUUGCUGUUACAGUUGGUACAUGUGCUUCAUAG